AUGCUCCACACAAAUUUCCAGGCUGAUUAUUGUGGAGAGUCCAUUGAGCUUCCUUUUAACUGGAAGAUCAUGGAGUGGGCUCACAAAACCAAGAGAGUGUUUCACUCUGCCAAGCUUCCUUCUAAAGUUACACUUUAUAUCAUAUAUGGGACUAGUUUAGAAACUCCUCAUAGUGUUUGUUACGGGAAUGAGAAGAUGCCGGUUAAAGAUCUAAGGAACCUAAGAUACUUCCAGGUAACCACAUAG